AUGAGAGUAAGUGAGCCUAUCGCGCGAGAGACAGCGGCCGUCGAUGCCCAACCUGUUGGAGCUGCCCUCUCCGCGAGUCCGCUCUCGUCCAGUCUGAACCAGUGGAUGCGGGAGGCAAGGAGCGAGAACCGCCAGGGCCGUCAUGUUGUUCGCAAGGGUCCUUUGGGGUGUACCGUGUGCUCACCACUGAAAGGACUCAUCUCACCUCUUGACUUUGUAUCUUUCCUUCCGUUUUUGGUCAUCACCAUGGCUUCGCCCAUCAAGCAAGAUGUGGAAGGAGUCCACUCACCUCCCCACGUUGACCGUUUACCCUCAACGACAUCUCGGGCACAACGGUAUCCUCCCCUCUCCCUUGUCCAACGGUCGAUUUAUUCCGUAUCCUUCCGUUCAGGCUUCAGCCCUCCGUCCACUGCCGUCCUACGCCACCUUCUCUGCUUCUCUCGGUGCUUCCUUAGCCACUGA